AUGUCCUUUCUUAAAUUUUUUUCUUUCUCCAUAUUUUCUUUCUUUCUUUCUUUUUUCACUUCCUUUUCUUUGUUUACUUCCUUUUUCAUUACUUCUAUCUUUCUUCCGGUUUCCUUCUUUCUUUUAUUUCUUUCCUUUCUUUGUCUUCUUUUCUUCCUUCAUCUUUUCUUCCCGUUUUCUUCUUUUCUUUCUUCCAUUCUUUUUUUCUUUCUCCACAUUUUCUUUCUUUAUUUUUCGUUCCCUGUUCCUUGUUUAGUUCCUUUUUCAUUCCUUCUUUUCUUCUUCACGUUUCCUUCUUUUUUCUUCCUUCCUUUCUCUUUCUUCUUUUCUUCUUUCAUCUUUUCUUUCCUACCUACCCGUAAUCUUUCUUAUGCACUUUCUUCCAUUCAUUUUAUUUCUCCACAUUUUCUUUCUUUCUUUCUUUCUUUCUUUCUUUCUUUCUUUCUUUCUUUCUUUAUUUAUUUAUUUAUUUUCGCUCCCUUUUCCUUGUUUACUUUCUUUCUCAUUCCUUCUUUCCUUUUUCAUGUUUCCUUCUUUCUUUUUUCCUUUCUUUCUUUCGUUCCCCUUCACAUCUCCAACUUCAAUGAUUUAUGCUGA